GCCUAGCCUCCAUUGCUCCGUCCAACUUGAAGGUGAAGUUCUCCUCUAUCGGCUCUGCUGCCAGUCACACAACGCUCUUCCACCCGGCUCUCUCUCUUUUACUCUCUUUAAUUCAGGGAACCAGCGACCAUGUCGUUAUUCAGCGACGUCCCGCUAGCCGCCCCGGUGGCCGUUUUCAAACUGACGGCGGAUUUCCGCGAAGACCCGGCUCCCAACAAGGUGAACCUCGGAGUAGGAGCGUACAGAACAGAUGAGGGCAAGCCAUGGGUUCUCCCCGUGGUGAGGAAAGUGGAGAAGAUGAUAGCUGAGGACGACAGUCUAAACCAUGAAUACUUACCCAUCCUGGGCCUGCCGGAGUUUCGCUCCAGUGCCUCUAAACUUGCUCUGGGGGAGGACAGCCCUGCCAUUAAGGAGAAGAGGGUAGGAGCUGUGCAGUGUCUUGGGGGAACUGGUGCCCUGAAGAUUGGGGCUGAGUUCCUCCGCAGAUGGUACAAUGGGAACAACAACACAAAAACACCAGUCUAUGUCUCUACGCCUACAUGGGAAAACCACAAUGGAGUUUUUGCUAAUGCUGGGUUUGAGGAUAUCCGUCCAUACAAAUAUUGGGAUGCACAGAAGCGUGGAUUGGAUCUGUCUGGUUUCCUGGGUGACCUAGAGAGUGCACCUGAGCACUCUGUCUUUGUGUUGCACGCCUGUGCACACAACCCCACAGGCACAGAUCCCACCCAGGAUGAGUGGAAGCAGAUUGCUGAAGUCAUGAAGAGAAGAAGCCUCUAUCCCUUCUUUGACUCAGCAUAUCAAGGCUUUGCCUCUGGAAAUUUAGAGAAAGAUGCCUGGGCAGUUCGUUUCUUCGUAUCUCAGGGUUUUGAAAUUUUCUGUGCUCAGUCUUUCUCAAAGAACUUUGGCCUGUACAAUGAGAGAGUGGGAAACCUGACAGUUGUUGCUAAAGACGGGGAUAGUCUGAACCGCGUUCUCUCUCAGUUGGAGAAAAUCGUUCGAAUCACCUGGUCCAAUCCUCCAUCUCAGGGAGCUCGUCUGGUUGCCAUAACACUCACUACCCCAGAGCUCUUUGAUGAAUGGAAGGGCAAUGUUAAGACGAUGGCUGACAGGGUGCUGCUGAUGCGAGCUGAGUUGAAGGCAAAGCUGCUGUCCCUCGGCACCCCAGGCACUUGGGAGCACAUCACCCAGCAGAUUGGCAUGUUCAGCUUUACAGGCCUCAACCCCAAACAAGUGGAGUACCUGGUGAAGGAGAAGCACAUCUACUUGAUGGCCAGUGGCCGCAUCAACAUGUGCGGCCUGACCACCAAGAAUAUUGACUACGUUGCCGAGUCCAUUCAUGAAGCGGUCACCAGGGUCCAAUAAUAACAACCACGUCUCUCACACUGCCUGCCCAUCUGCGUGUGAUUAAGGGGGCAUUAUCAGUGUUGGUCCUGAAAUGUCUGGUCACUCAUCUCUCUCAAACACACACACACACACACACACACACACACACACACACACACACACACACACACACACACUUACUGUAUUCACAGUCUUCUGUACUCAGUACUCCAGCAGCAUAUGCUGGUCUUAUGGUCAGUCUCUAAUGUAAUACUGUACACUUAAUGAAUACUCAAGGUAAAGUAGUUGUUCCAAGAGGAAUAGAAAUUUCGUCUGGUCUUCCUCCUAGUUAAAGUCAUCUUGCACUAGAGAAUAAGAAUGUACUUUAGUUUUUCCUUGUAUUGGUCCACCAAACAUUUUCAGUUUUAUGAUUACCUAAAAAAAAGCACUUUGUUGUAAAAUUGCAGGUAAUGAGUGACUACUGUCUCACUUGAAAAGUAUAUCUGAAUUUAUGAUGGUAGUUCCGGAUUUACUGGUUUCCAACAUCUUUCACUGUUUAUAUGAAAAAGACAGUAAUUUCAUGCACAUUUACUUAUAUUCUUUUGGUAGCCUGGACUGAAGCGGUGAUUCUGUAGAGCCAAAGAGAAAGGUAAAAAAAAUAGCAACUCAAAAAGCCCAGUCUUUAACUGAAGUUCAACUAAAUUAAUUGAGUGAUUAUCAAUUUUUGAAUGUUGUCAUGAGGCUGUUAGUAUUUUAUUUACCAUUUCUCUGUUUUUAUUUGGGGAAACAUACAUGAAAUAUAUGUACUUAAUGAAGGAAUUGGCACACAAGUGAUCAUUUGUUGGAGACAUUUUAAUAUGGUGCUGUCUAGACCAGUGUUUCCCAACCUAGUCCUCAGGGCCAACUAGAUAGUCUGCAUGUUUUCUUUAUCCCUGUGUGUUGGGUUGGAGCAAAAAUGUGAACCGUCCGGGAGCCCUGAGGACCUGAUGGUAAAGCUUAAGUGUGUUAUGCAUAACUUGCCCUAAAAAGCAUCCUAAGUUUAACCUACAUUACUUAUAACCACACAAUUUAGUCAAACGUAGCGUAAUACAAAAUCCUAACCAGCUUUUAUGGCUGUAUCAACUAGACUUUACCAUUUUAAUAUUGGAUGCCAGUGUAAACCAGAUGACAUUUUCACCAUAGUCUAAAAAAAAAAUUAUUUAGUGUGUGUGAUUCCAGAAGUUCAGGGUUUGGCAGGGUUUGGCAGGGCUUGGCAAUUUUUUGCACUCUGUUAAGUGUCUACUUUUAGGGCGUCUUUGGUGUUUGCUGCUUUUGUCCACCUCUCUCAGUGCUGUGCAUGUCUGUUUAGGAACAAUUCAAUGUCACGAACUUGGGCAAAUAUGAACACUCAUUUCAGACAAUUACGGUUCACUCUUUGAUCAUGUGCUGCUUAAAAAUGCCUCUGAUAAUCCGUUCUCUCAGUAUGUAAAAUAUAUGUGUACAAAAAUGACAUAAGUACGAAAAUCUGAUCAAAAGCCCUUGAAAUAAACAUACCAUGAAUAUAUGGAACA